GUGAGAGGGGAGAGGAACACAGAAAGAUCGAGUCUGUCGGUUUUAGAGCAAUUUAGUCGGAUGCGUGUCUUGACAACAGCCACGGGGGUGGCGAAAAACAACAAUACCAUUCUAGUCUUUGCCACUGCAUUUGUAUGAGUUCAUGUAGGACAAAUAUAUUGCACCAAUAAGAAAAAAAGAAAAAGGAAGUGGUCUACAGCGGCUGUUCUCGCUCGAGGCUUGGCACACCAGUCCCUCAUGAGGAGCGAAGCCAUCUGAAUGAAAAUGAAGACUAUUGACGAGCCGCCAUACCUGACUGUUGGCACCGACGUGAGCGCGAAAUACAGGGGAGCUUUCUGUGAAGCCAAGAUAAAGACUGCAAAGAGGCUGGUUAAAGUAAAGGUAACCUUUAAACAAGAUUCAUCACCGGGAGAAGUGCAGGAUGACCACAUCAAAGGCCCUUUAAAGGUGGGAGCUGUUGUCGAGGUGAAAACCCAAGAUGGAGCAUUUCAGGAGGCCGUAAUUAACAAGUUAACUGAUGCGAGCUGGUAUACAGUAGUGUUUGAUGAUGGUGAUGAAAAGACCCUGAGGCGCUCAUCACUCUGCCUGAAAGGAGAGCGACACUUUGCAGAAAGCGAGACUCUGGACCAGCUACCCCUUACAAACCCUGAACAUUUUGGCACUCCGGUUAUAGGAAAGAAGUCAAACCGAGGAAGAAGAUCGAAUCACGUCCCCGAAGAGGAAUCUUCAUCAUCCUCCAGCGAGGAAGACGAAGGGGGCAGACGACUGAACGAUGAAUUACUUGGUAAAGUCGUGUGUGUGGAGUGCACAAGUGCAGACAAGAAGGUGGCCUCUUGGUAUCCUGCUCUAGUUAUCUCCCCAGACUGUAAUGAUGAGGUUGCUGUGAAAAAGGAUAACAUUCUGGUUCGCACAUUCAAGGAUGGAAAAUUCAACGCCGUUUUCAGAAAGGAUGUCCGAGAAAUCAAUAGUGAAAUGGCUCCCAAACCUGAAGCUGGCAUGAAGCCAGCUUUGGACCGGGCUCUGGAGUUCUUGAAGAGUGGAGCUGUUCCCAGUAACUGGAGGACAGAGCUGAAGGAGGAGAGCUCCAGCAGCGAGGAAGAGGACGACAAGGAGGAAGAGGAAGAGGAGGAUGCUAGCAGUGAGGACGACGAGGAGGAAGUGGAGCCAUUUCCAGGAGAAAGAGAGAAUUUUCUGCAGCAGCUGUACAAGUUCAUGGAGGACAGAGGCACUCCUAUUAACAAGCGGCCAGUACUGGGCUAUCGAAACCUGAACCUUUUCAAGCUGUACAGACUGGUUCAUAGGUUGGGGGGAUUCGAUAAUAUUGACAGUGGCUCCGUUUGGAAACAAGUCUACCAGGACUUGGGAAUACCAGUACUCAACUCGGCAGCUGGAUACAAUGUCAAAUGUGCCUACAGAAAAUACCUGUAUGGGUUUGAGGAGUACUGCACAUCCACAGGCAUCAAGUUCCAGAUGUCCCUGCCAGAGAAAUCUGCCAGCAACCCUGAGAUAAGGAGGGGGAAAGAGGAUGGGAGUCUCCUCUACAAGCCUGAACUGACAGAUGAGAAACUGGAGCUGCAGGAGCAGGAGGAGGAGCAGGAGCAGCAGGAGGAGGAGGAGGAGCAGGAGCAGCAGGAGGAGGAGGAGGAGCAGGAGCAGCAGGAGGAGGAGGAGGAGGAGGAGGAGGAGCAGGCAUCACUGGAGACAGAGUGCAAAAAAGAAACGGAAACCAAGCUCUUCAAGGGGGAAAAUAAAACUGAGCCAGAGUCACUGGCUGUAAAAGAUGACAACAGUUUAAAAACUGAGGAGGAAGAGGAGGAGGUGGAAGAUAAUGACGAUAAGGAAGAGGAAGAUGAGAGAGAGGCACCCAGCGAUAACUGUGUUAACCUGCUUAAAGAAAACAUGAAACAAGACCAGUCAGAGAAGGACCUAUCCAUGAAACAAGACCAGCCAGAGGAGAAGGACCUAUCCAUGAAACAAGACCAGCCAGAGGAGAAGGACCUAUCCAUGAAACAAGACCAACCAGAGGAGAAGGACCUAUCCGGGAAUGAAAGCAUUAAGGAGGGGGAAGGGGAGGAGGAGGAGUUUGAGUGUUAUCCUCCGGGGAUGAAGGUCCAGGUGAGAUAUGGGCGGGGGAAGACCCAGAAGCUGUACGAAGCCAGUAUUAAGGAUUCGGAUCUCGAGGGGGGAGAGGUGCUCUACCUGGUGCACUAUUGUGGCUGGAAUGUGAGGUAUGAUGAUUGGAUAAAAGCAGACAAAAUUGUGCGUCCAGCUGAUAAGAAUGUUCCAAAAAUAAAGCAUCGAAAGAAAAUAAAGAACAAAAUGGAGAAAGAGAAGGACAAGAUGGAGAGAGCAGAAAGAGAGGAACUUUGCCCACACAAAAUGAACCACAUUGGGAGAUCGGCAAAGUCUUCCAUCAACAGCACACCUUCCGACAGCUUCUCAAAGCUGGAUAGUGGCGAAGCCAAAGGGGCCGAGCAAACUGCACUCAAAUCCAUUGAAAUCACAUCUAUCCUCAAUGGGCUGCAAGCAUCUGAAAGCUCGGCUGAGGAGAGUGAGUGUGAAGAUGGAGACGAUGAAGAUGAGUAUGAGGAAGAUGAGGAGAGCCAGGGAAAAGAAGAAAGGUUUGGUUCCCUCGAGAGCAUGCACAUUCUCGAGAGAUGGCAAGUCGGCCCCUCUCUGGAUGAGCAACAGGAGGAGCCGGAACACCUUUCAGACACCCGAGACUCUGUGAUGAAGAAAAGAGCCGAGCAGCAGGGUGAGGCAGAAUUGGAGAAGGAAGAAGAUCUAAAAAGAAAACUGGAGAUCAAACAGGAGGAGAGGGCAACGGAAAGACCGUCCAAAUCACAGCUGAAGCGCAAACGGAGGAACAGCAGGAUGGAAGAGUGGCUCCGAACAAGUUCCCAUGAGCAAGUAGAGGACAGGACCAAGCCAGUCAGCUUGGGGUUUACUGGCAGCAGUAGCUCGGAGGAUGAGGAUGAGCAAAAGCAGCAGCAGGAAAAAGAGGAAGAACAGGAAAGAACUAAAACCAAAAACACCCCGUCCAAGAAGUACAACGGCCUGGAGGAGAAGCGGAAGUGUGGACGGCCUGCAGGCUUCUGGGAAGUUCCGGAGAAAAGGCCCAAGCUCUUAGGCGGCUCAGAGGAGAGGCUGCCCAACAGCCGAGCUAAAGGCCAGAAGGACGUCUGGUCCAGCAUUCAGGGUCAGUGGCCCAAGAAGACUCUAAAGGAACUUUUUUCAGACUCCGACACUGAGGCAGCCAACUCGCCUCCUCCCAUCCCACCCCCCGAAGAGCCCAAACAGGAACCAGCCCCCGAGGAGGUAACAGACCAGGAAACGACCGAAGGGAAACUGUUAAACGAGGAAAUGGGGGAUAAGAGAGCAGAGUUCCCCAGCAGUGGCAGCAACUCCGUUCUCAACACGCCCCCCACCACGCCGGAGUCCCCUUCGCUGCCAGGGAGCAGGAUGGAGCCCGACAGGACUCGGGCAACAGCUCCUCCUGCAGCCCCUCCUCCACCUUCCGCUAAUCCCCUUCCUCCCCUUCCUGCUCCCUCAGUAACAGACCAUCAUCCUGUGCAGGAGGAGAGUGUGGGCGGUCGCAGCGAGACGGACAGCAGCACGGCGGAGGUGGAGAGCCUCGGCGGGGAGCUACAAGAGAUUCGAUCCGAAGGAGGCGGUUUCCCCAUGGUCUUUGACGCCAGCCUCUCCUUCAAUAGCAACAGCAGCAGCAGUAUCCUCAAUAACAGCAGCAGCAGCAGCCUGCCAGAGACAGAACAUAAGGAGAAAGCAACAGCGAGCCAAAAACGACAGAAAGAUGCUCAGGGAGGUGCUUCAUCUAAGAAACAGAAAAGAAGCCACAAAAAUUCAGGCGCUCACCACAAAAAGAGUCGAAAAACAGCACACAGCAGUGACAGUGAAGACCAGUCGGCCAGUGAAAACGCUGCCAAAUCCCCGGCAACCAAGUCAGCAGCCAGCCUGAAACCUGCAUCGCAGACCAAGUGUCCGGGCAGGACGCACUCCCCUGGGAAAUUUAGCAAGCAUGGCAAUUCAGAACACAAAGAGCCCAACAAGCGCUCUUCCAGAGUCUAUAAAUGGAGUUUUCAAAUGUCUAAUCUGGAGAAGAUGACUAGUGUUGAGCGUGUAGCAUUCCUUCAAGAAAAACUACAAGACAUACGAAGUCAUUACCUUUCUCUCAAGUCAGAGGUGGCUUCCAUCGACAGAAGAAGAAAACGUUUAAAGAAAAAGGAACGCGAAAAUACCAGUGGUGCUGCUGCAGCUUCUUCUUCAUCCUCCUCUUCAUCAUCUCCAUCCUCCAGCUCCAUCACAGCAGCCGUCAUGCUGACUCUGUCCGAGCAGUCUGUGUCUGGCUCGUCUCAGAACAGCGGGAGUGUGUCCGUGGAGUGCAGGUGACCCGCGGAGGACACGCCCACAGCACUCUGCACACGAACUGGCUCUCGGAGGCUGGGGGCCGUUUUUAAACUGACCGAGGCACAACAACAACAAUAAAAAACAAUGAGCACUAUUUUCUAUUUACAGCUGUUUUCUUGGCAAGCUAACUCUGCACUUAAGUGCACUUUUAUGAAGGAAAAAAAAGUAUAACAGACCUGUGUUAAAGUAGUUUUGUUUUGUUUUGUUUUUAUUUCUGUUUUGUAUGUUUUUCUUCAAGCAAUAAUUGUUUCCAAGUUGUCUGGGGAAUUAUUUUUUUCUUUUUACAUCAACCUGAUAGGCCUUCCACUGUGGAAAAGGGAUUUCUGUUUACUUUAACUGCCCAGAGAUUCUGUCCAGUUGUCCCUUGGCGUAUUGCUAUAUCUAUAAGCUGCAGCAGCUUCCAUGUGUUACCACAAGUUGUUUUUAUCAAGGCUGGACCAUUUGACCGUUUCAAUUUGUUGAAUUUCUUAGUCACUCAUAAAAUCACACAACAUGUUCAGUUGUACAGGCCUUUUCAUUUUGAGCAGCGGUUUCACACAAUACUGUCAUCAAUUUAGAAUUUAAGCGGUUUUAGUUGUUCAGACCACAAAUAAAGAAUUAUUAAGCAUA